AUGCGUUUUCUCAACUUCAUCCUUGCCGUUCUGCCUGCAGUUCUGGCCAAGGAAAUUUUCGUUGCCCCUAACGGCUCCAGCAGCGGGUCUGGCUCCAGCGGUUCGCCCAUGUCUGAUAUUCAAGCUGCUGUUAACAAGGCUCAGCCCGGUGACACCAUCUACCUCCGAAAAGGAACCUACAGUCCUUCCAAGAAUAUCCACUUCACCAAGAAGGGAUCUUCCAGCAAGCCCUACACCAUCUCUUCCUACCAGAAUGAAGAGGUCAUCAUCAAUGGCGACAAGAUGCCCGGCACUCCCGCUCCCCUCGGAGGCUCUCUUGCCGGCAGCGACCGUGGUAUUUUCCAUGUUGAGAAGGCCGAGCACUGGCGCUUCAUCCACAUCACCCUUACCAAGGGCCCUUAUGGCGUUUACGUGAAGGACUCGCACAACAACUACUUCGAGCGUUUGACCACCCACAGCAACUACGAGUCCGGCUUCCACAUGCAAAACAGCAUCUCUAACAACGAAAUCGCCUACCUUGACACUUAUAACAACGCCGAUCCUCGCAACAAUGGCAAGAAUGCCGAUGGCAUGGCUAUCAAGGAGGGCUCAGGAGCAGGCAACAUUAUCCGCGGUAUUCGAAGCUACGAGAACUCCGACGACGGUAUCGACCUGUUCGAGUUCAAGUCUUCCGUGACCAUCCUCGACAACAUCGUUUUCGAUAACGGCAUCAACCGCUGGAACUUCAACCCCCACGGUGCCGAUGGCAUCGGUAUCAAGCUUGGCGGUGUCAAAAAUGAAGGUGGCAAGGUAAACCAUGUCGUGCGCAACAACUUCUCCUUCCGCAACCGCCGCGGCUUCAGCGACAACAACAUGCCCGGCGACAUGACUCUCAUUCACAAUACCGCCUGGAAGAACCGCGAGGAGGGCUUCAACCAGCGAUCUUCCAAGGCUACCUACGAGAAUAACCUUGCUGCCAACAACGCCAAUACUAGCGAUCUGAGCAAGCAGAACACGUUGAAGGAUGUCAAGACUAAGGGAAACAACUGGGAGAAGGGUGGCUCUUGGAGGGACAGUGACUUCAAGGCUGUGAGCACGAGCCUUGUCAAGGGACGACGACAGGCGAAUGGCAAGAUUAGUCCCAGUGACUUCUUGCUCCCUGCUAAUGGUGCAAACUACGGUGCUACCACCAAGUGGAUUUAA